UUCCUUUUACGCAUGCGUUUUUGGUGAAAAUAAUAUGAAGUGGAGGUGAUUUGGUAAGAUAAACAGAUGAAAAUUGGACGGUGCUGUUAGCCCGGAGUCGCAGAAAUGGAGCCGUAUAAUGUCAACCUGUGGGUGAAGUCCGAGCCAUUUAUUGUGGGUGCUUUGCCGAUUCCACCACCUUCCAAGUUUAGUAUGUACUAUUUACGGAAGAUGGCAACCUAUGUACGUACCAGAGCAGAUGAUGGCUGUUAUCCGAAACUCUUCUGGCCCUUGUGGAGGCACAUUGCUUGUGGGAAGCUCCAGUUGGCAGAGGAUCUGGCCUGGCUUUAUUUUGAGACUUUUGAUAGUUUAGUAGAGCGAACUUCACAAGAGAGGCUAGAAAGGGCAGAGGCUAUGUCGAACUGCACCUCCAAUGAAGAAAUGGAGAAACUGAAGAAUAAGAUGUCUGUAGACACACUGCAGUUCCUGUUGUUUUUGUAUAUUCAGCAGUUGAACAAAGUUUCUUUGCGGACUUCGUUAAUAGGUGAGGAAUGGCCAAGCCCUAGAGCAAAGUCCCCUUCACCAGACCUCGAUGGAAAGGCUAACUCUCAAAAUAAGAACUGGGAUGAUCAGGCCCAUUUGUCUUUUGUACAGACCCAUCUGUCAGAUUUACUUGAACUGCUUCUAGACCCUGAACAACUGACUGCUUCAUCGCACACAGUCCAUGACAGCCUUCUCUCCCCAGACGCAGUGAAAAGCCUUGGCCUCCUUAUUGAGGGCUCAAUUGACAGGAAUCGAUCGGUGGACUCUUUCUUUAGUCUUGCAAUUUGGCAGCCGUUACGGGCAAAAAGUGGUUACUCCAAGCUUUCUGAUAUGUUCUCAUUCAAUAUGUUACAUUCUUGGCUGAAAAACACCCUGGGCCUAAAUCCAUUUGGUAUGUCUGCUUGUUUAAAGUUUGGGAAGAAACUAGCAUGGGCACAACAAGUUGAAGGCACAACAAAGAGAGCAAAGAUUGCCUGCAAUACUCAUAUGGCACCAGAAGCUCAUAAAAUAUUGAUAAUGACCCAGGUCUAUAAACAGACUGUUGCUAAAAGCUCAGAGCGAUUAGUUGGCGCGCAUGUGAAGCUUCAUCGCUGCUGUGAUUCUUAUGUAUACCUUCUUUCUCCAUUGAGAUCUGUAACCAUUGACAAAUGCAGAAACAGCACCUUUGUCUUGGGUCCUGUGCAAGCUACAGUGAACAUACAUGGUUCUGAUAAUGUUAAAGUAAUUGCUGUCUGUCACCGAUUGACUGCUUCCUCCUCUGUAAUGUGUACAUUUCACACCCUGACACCUACACGGCCUGUAAUCUUAUCGGGGAAUGAGAAUCUAACAUUUGCACCAUUUAAUACACAUUAUCCCACGUUGGAGGAUCAUAUGGCAUGGACAGGGCUAGCAACUGUUCCCAACUACUGGAACCAUCCUAUGUGUCUGGGAACCGAAAACAGUGGAGAGAAACUCUUUCAUUUGCUGGCACCUAGAGAAUUUCACAUUUUCACAGUCCCAUUUGAAAUGGAAGGGGAUACCACAGAAAUACCAGGGGGGUUGCCUCUGCCUUAUGAAAAAGCUCUGAGUCGACAGAAACAGAAAUUAGAAAUGUGGCAGAAAAUGAUGAAGGAAGCAGGCCUUAGCAAUGAACAGAAAUAUUAUUUUCAGAAGCUUGUGGAAAAGGAGUUUCAUCAAUGGCUAAUUGAAACCGGACAUCGACAAGAACUGGAUAACUUAAUACCUACUGCUGCAAGUUCAAAACAAACAGCUGGUUAAGGCGACUAUAUUAAAAAAAUGUGGAUAAGAACUUUAGUAUAUUUAUUCCUCACUUUUCACUGAAAGCACUUAAGUUGGCUGUCUAGUGAUCUGUUAUUUAAUUGCAUCUUUCUAUUAAAUUGUAAAUGGUGAAAAAUGUCA